AUGUCUUCAAGACCAGCUCCUGACUCAAGUGAUUCCGACGUAAGCUCCGUAUCUGGUUCACUGCAACCCCAUUCUCCCGCCAGUCAGCGCGAAGACUCCGCUGCCACAGUCUCGCCGCCGCCAACGAAUCCCGCUGGUGCAAAAAAGCCCCGACAACCUGCUCAGCGCCAAAACCGUCUGUCACCAUCAAGUGAUAUCACCAACACCAGUGGAGACGAAGACGAAAGUGAUCGCGAUAGCGAACGUGAAGCGACUAACCCCCCAUCUCCACAGCCCAACUCAAAAGCAAUCAAGCCAUCCACAUGGCGCAAACGCAACGCCGAUGCUAUCUCCAUCUCGCACGGCCAGGACAAAGUUACCGCUCGCGACUUAAGCGUACAUCUGUACAACGCGUUCAAACUGCGUCAUCCUGCCCCCAACCCCACUGGCAGCAUAGGUAAGGGCAAAGACAAGGAAUGGGUUCCGCCAAAACACUGGACAGCAUGGCCAUUGAGUGCCGACCGGGUACCGAGGCCAGACUUCAUGCCUCGCGACAAAAAUGAACGCGAAUGGUGGGAGGGGGAGGACUCUGACGAUGGAAAGGGGAAGGGGCGCGGCGGAGAGAGAAGGAUGCCGUAUCCCUAUCUACCGCGGCUGAUUAAGAAGAGUGAGGAGAUGGAGGAGGUAUUGCUUGCUAUAAUGUUGAAGGAGGGGAAGGAGAGAUGGGAGAGGAGGGAGAGUGCUUCUACGUCGUCAUCUGAGGAGGACGAGAAUGAAGAAGUGGAUAAUAGGGGAGGCAGUGCGGAGAAGGAAAAGUCAGGCCCAAAUGAGGAACGAGAAGAUCCCACAGAAGCGACUGAAGAAGGAAGUACCGCGUACGAAACAGGUGACCAAAGCAGCGGGAGCGAAAAUUCAGAGUCCCAGCCAUCCCGCCACGCCAGCAGCAGAGAGCCAUCUGAAGACGAAGGGGUUGGAGACGAGAGUGCGAAAGGUGAGAGAAUGGAGAUCGACCGAGAAGCUCCCACCAUUCCACCAGCCACGGAUCUAGGCGACAACGAACUCUCUGAUCCUACCCCUUUCCGCCACGCGAAACCAGAUACCAAGACCACUUAUACUUACACAGACGAGGAAUAUGCAGGGAUGGGCAACAAGGAAAUGAGACCCGUGAUCAUGGCCGACGAUACCCUCGCGAUGGAUAUUCUGAAACCAUCGAUACGUCACAUCCUCUCACAACUCAAUAAUCUACUCUGCGCUCUACAUGUCUCACGGGCAUCCUACGCGGGCGUGCCUGGCGCUGAUUUAUCGGGGACCUCGAUGUCGAGAUCGCAGUCACGCGCGCGCUCUACGUCGCGGACACCGGCGGAUUCUCGACAAGUAUCAAGAAAGAGGGCGAGGUCUGCGGCUACGACGUCGGAUGAUGAAGAUGGGGACGGGCAGGAUGGGGGCGAAGAGGAAGAGGAGGAGGAGGAGGGGGGGACGGCGUCAUCCGUGGGCGAGCGAUUGCACCAGCGGAAAUUGAGGUUGAAUACGCGGGGAUGGGAGGAUAUUUUGGGGGCAGCCGAGAUGGUGGGGUUUCCACGGGAGGUGGUGGGUAGGGCGAGGGAGAGGUGUGAAGGGCUUUUUGGACCGGGGGAGCUGGGUGUAGGAGGACAUGAUGAUGGUGAUAGUGAUAGCAUGAGGGAGAGUGACGAUGUUGAGGUUGAUGGGCGGAGGGUCUACGUCAACAAGGAAGGGGAGGACAUGCUGGAUGGCAUCCAUUUAGAUGGCUGGUUGCAGCCGAUUCAGGAGAAGAGGAGCUGGAAGGUGAAAGGCAAGGGUAAAGAGGAGAAGGGAAAGGGGAAGGAUGAGGGGAUCAGAGUGAAGAUUCCGGUAUCGUCGGGCGGUGGUUGA